AUGUCAAUAAAUUCCAUUGAAAAUCUAUCUGAUGAAUUAUUUUAUGAAAUUUUCGAUUAUCUUAAUGGUUGUGAAAUCGAUAAUGCUUUUUCAAAUCUUAAUUAUCGUUUUCAUCAAUUAAUUAAUUCUUCAUCACUUCUAUUUAAAAUAAGACUUGGUUAUUAUUCACGAGCAAACGAAAUUUUCAUGAAUAAUUAUAAACGAAUUUUACUUCUUAAUAAAAAUCAAAUAUUAUCAAUUCAUUUAUGGAUAUCAGAAAAUACGAAUCAAAUUAUUUCAUUAUUUAACAUCGAUUCAUCAUUUAAUUGUCUUGAAUCUCUUAUGUUUAAUUCAAUUGAACCAGAUGUAUUAAUUUCAGUUCUUCCAAAAUUAACUUGUUUAUCUCGUCUUUUCUCAUUAACAAUCGGUACAUGGUCUAUUCAAAAUGAUUUAGGUGAUAUUUAUCGAUUAAUUUUUAAUCUAAAAAAAUUGAAAUAUAUCAAAUUUACAUCAAUGGAUUCCAAUGAUUACGAUAUAAUUAUCUCAUUACCAAUUGUUACUAAUGAGCAAAUAAGUUCUAUCGAAUAUCUUAAUAUUAAUCAUGCUUGUGCUUUCGACGAACUUUUUGCUAUAAUAUCUUAUACACCACAACUUCGUCGUUUAAAAUUUUUAAAUUUAACAGGUAGAAAUGUAAACAUUAAAGGUAUUAAACCAAUAAUAUUAUCAAAUUUAACAUAUCUUUCACUAUAUAUAUAUGAAAUAUCAUUUGAUGAAUUUGAAAUAUUUAUUAAU